AUGCGCCAGGGAUUAUGGCCGGCGGGUCGCUCGGCUCUUUUAGGUGGCGUUUUGUUAGCCCUGAUUCAAGGGGCGGGACUUACUUUAAUACAGUUAUUAGUGCGCAACAACCGUAGCCGGCAUGUGGAGUUGGAGUGUUCUUACGCGUCAUCUUCGUCGUGGUUUGGUGGUUUGUUUGGUGGCAGGCGAGAGGAGGAGAAGCCGAAGUUGAAAGUUGAAGUGUUGGAGAGUUUUGAUUCGCUAAUGCCGCCUACUUUUGAGUUUCAGUGA